UGUCGGCAAGGCCUGCAGUGCUGCUGUGGCUGCAAGCCACCUUCCCCGCUUUCCCUGAGCAACUCUCUGCUGAGCUGCUUCUGCCCUCCAAGGAGCAGGCCGCCCCGGCACCCUGGGAAGAAGGCGCUCUCUUCCCCAGCGUGACAUAGGAAUUAUGGCUGAGAAUGGAGAACCUUGGGGAGCCAGUGAGGCUGAACUCGAUCCAGUGGAAUACACUCUUCGAAAACGACUUCCCCACCGCCUCCCCCGAAGACCAAAUGACAUCUACGUUAACAUGAAGACUGACUUCAAGGCCCAACUGGCUCGAUGUCAAAAGCUUUUGGAGGGUAGUGGAGGGGCUAGGGGACAGGGUGGCUGUCCUGAGAUUUAUAUUCAUGGCCUGGGCCUGGCCAUCAAUCGGGCCAUCAAUAUUGCUCUACAGUUGCAAGCUGGCAGCUUUGGGGCCUUGCAAGUGGCUGCCAACACUUCCACUGUGGAGCUGGUGGAUGAACUGGAGCCUGAGACUAACACUCGGGAGCCACUAACCCGAACCCGAAAUAACUCAGCCAUCCACAUUCGGGUCUUCCGUGUUACACCCAAAUAGCUGGGAUGGAGUUCUAUUGCUUCCUCAGCUGGACAACUGUACUUUCCUCUCUACAUUUAUAAUGGGCCUUUUCAUUUUUCAUACUUUGGGCUCUUGUGGAUCUCAGUUCCCUCCCCUUCUUUCAGGCUCUUAAGCAUCCAGAUUUUUCAGUUUCCUGCCACCAGCCCUAGAAAAGUCAUUGGUUCAGGCUUCUGAAAUAAAAAAGACUGUGAGGGAGAA